UCAUUAUUUUUGCAAGAUUAAUCAUAUCAGAAACAUGAUGAUUUCAAUGGAUAUCUUUGUGAGUUUUGUUGUGUUUAUACUUUUAGUUUUAUCUAGUGAAUCUGCUAAACAUAUGAAAUCUAUCAAGUUAAGUAAAAAUGUUAUUUACGACUGCGUAGAUAUUUAUAAACAACCAUCUCUUCGUCAUCCAUUGCUGAAACAUCAUAAAAUUCAGAUGAAACCAACUGGAUGGGAUUCUCAACCAAAGAACAAGUUCGUAGACACACAACACAAAAACAACAACAACAACAACAUACAAUGUCCAAUUGGAACCGUUCCUAUUUUAAGAACCAAGAAAGAACAUGUCAUGCAAUCUCAAGAAUACCCAAUCAAUCAGUUUACUACUCUCACAGCUCAAUAUCCAGGUACCCAUAUUGCAGGAAUGAAAAUAGAUGGACCACGCAAUCACCUAGGCAUGGAAGCUGGUUUAUGGACUUAUAACGUCUCCAUUGGUAAAAAUCAAAGUUCAAGUGCUAUAGCUUAUGUAGCCUCUCGAUCCAAAUACGAUGGCAAUUCUAUUCAAGUUGGAUGGAUGAUCAAUGAAAAACUAUUUGGUGAUACACGACCAUGGCGGUAUGGGUCAUGGCUGGGGAUACUUGGAUCUGGUUGUAUGAAUCUACAAUGUCCAGGAUUUGUUCAAGUAGCCUAUGACGAUCCAAUGAAUAAACCUUUGAACGUUACGGAUGGUCGUAGUCAUCUUCUUUGGCUUACUAUACAUCAGGAUAAGGAAACCAAAGACUGGUGGUUUUCACAAACAAAUCCGGAUCAACUUAGCCAAAAACAUUUAGGAUAUUGGCCAAAGGAGUUGUUCAAUCUGUUUCGAUAUGGCGCAAAUUUCGUUGGAUUCGGAGGAAUUGUUACAGGCGAUCCAAGGAGUCCAAGUCCACCAAUGGGUAAUGGUCAUCUUCCAAAUAAACAUGAUCGUCUUGCGUCUGGUUCUUUAGACCAUCUUACUACAAUAGACAUGGACGAUACCCAUGCCGGAUUCAAUGAAUUUAUGGCUGUGCCUUUGGUGGAUAGCAAAGUUUGCUAUGAUGUUCACUAUGUAGGAUAUGUUGAUGAGGAUGUUGGUAUUGCUGUGUCUUAUGGUGGCCCUGGAGGUAUUAAAUGUGGUGAUUAAAUUAUUAAAAUUUGUUUUAGCUUGCUAAUUGUUGUUUUUUUUUGGAAUCUUAUAAUAAAUUAUUAAAUACUAAUGAACAAAUAUUAUAAAGCUUCUAAGUAAUACUAUAUAACUUGUUCUAUA